AUGGCUAGUUUUAAUACAGCUUUUAAUUUAUGUUCUAUUACGGACUCAAAGGGCCUUUUAGGAGUUUCUGAAGAUGAUGAAGGAUGCGUUGCUGUGACGUUAGGAAAAAGUAUGAUUAUUCGUUGCCGGCUGUCAGAUCAAAAACAGCUUAACAGUUGGAGUUCAACACUUGCAAAAUUAACAUCGAAAGUUGUUUGGGAUCCUGUCGAAGAAAAUUAUGUCGGAGUUUUUGAUAACAUAUAUAUUAAGCAAUGGUCUAAACUAGAUUCAAGUUUAGAAAAAGCUAAAAAGCAUAAAUUUAAAAAUGAAAUUCAUGAAAUAUUAUUAUGUACUAAAGAUGGAAUAGAUAAAAAGCCGAAAUUAAUAGUUUUGUUUAAAAAUGGAUCUAUAAGAGAUUUAGAGUCUGCAGUUAGCAAGAGUAAAGAUGAAAUGAAAGAUGUCAUAAUGCCAGUAGAAACUAUCGAAUCAGCAGAAAUAAUUAUUAAUAGAGAUCAAAAAUAUUUAAUUCUUGUAACAAAAUUUGAAAAUAAAUAUAGACAAUGCUAUUGUGUAUUAUUAAAAAAUGAUUAUACAGUUAGUAAUUCAGUGAAAAAAACAAAACUCAGAAGGCCAGGUACUAGUUUAUUAGGUUUUACCAUAUUAUCUAGGGAAAAGGAAAAUUCAGUUUUAUGUUUUUGGUCUGAUGGUUUUGUAUACUCAUUACCACUACCUAUCGAAUCAGAAAAAGCUCAAGUUGGAAAAUAUUUAGGUGCAAUAAAUCAAAUUAGUAACAAAUCCGAAGUAGCCAUACAACCGAUCGGUCUCGAUCACGUUGCAUUGUACGGUGGUGACAUUUCCGAAGAAGGAGCUUUCCUAGGAAUUUACAAUGUUAAAUUUGGAAUUAUUCAAGCUCACACUAAUUUUAAAAUGUUUAACAAACCCCCGAAAAUGUGGCUGGUCGAUAAUAAUUUAGUCAUCGUCAUGGGACAACGUCUCGUUUGCGUUCCGUUCAAUUUAAACACGGAAAAACUUUCCGCGUUGGUCGGAUCUCGAGCCGUACAUGCAAAUUUGGAAAAUUCAUCGGAAAUAUGUACGAUCGUUCCGACUGCGACGUGGGAUGAGAAUGUUUCGAUACCGGAAAAACAAUCGAUCGAUUAUCCGGAAUCGAUCAAGGAACAAUUGAUCGCAUAUUCAUCCGAAGGAUGGUCGGAAUUCGGGUUUGUUUCUUUUUUUUUUUUUUUUUUUACGAAAUCCUUUUUAAAAUUUACUUUUUAUCUAGUAAUGAUGAUGAUGAUGAUGAUGAUGGGUAAUAAAAACAUUACCAAACUCAAGAUCGGAAGCGAUUGCAAAUCGUUAUUAUUAUUAUUAUCAUCAUUAUCAUUAUUAUCAUUAUGGUUAUAUUAUUUUCUAAUCGUCGUCACUCAACCUGAAAAUACUUGUUACAGAAUUUGUCGGGCACUAAUGACACGAUUGAUUGAAUCCAAGGACGUGAAAACGUUGCUUUGGUGUUUGAACAAUUUCUCCGACAUACCCGAAGAUCAUCUCGUUAAAAUGAUUCAGUUGGCUCUCGGAGAGUCCGACGUAUUUCCAUCGAAAAAUGACACGACAAAAAGUUCGACGUGUAAUAAGAAACGGGUGAACGUGUCAAAAGAAGAAUUCCUUAAUAAAAUACUCGCGACUCCAGUGGAUAAUUUCAAUUUGCUCGUUAAUUUAAAACGACUUUUCAAUUUCGACGAUUGCAUGGCGCUCGUACAUUAUUUAAAUAAUUUAUUUUCUCGAGCGGAAAAUGGUGACGUCAUAGUGGAAGACAGCAUGGCCGUGCUCGAUUGGACAAUGACACUUUUCGAUGGUUUUUAUCAGUAUUUUAUAUUAUCGAAAGAUCCGAAAGUUUUAGAAACGGUUACGGUCAUGAAGGAAAAAAUACAAAAUUUAAUUUUAGUUUUAAAUAAUCUCGCGACGAUCGUUCCACGAUUGAUGAGAAUACAAAAAGGAAAAGUCGUGGAAAAGAAAAAACAUGGAGGAAGUUAUUCGGUGGAAAAAUUUCGAUUAUAUUGUUAA